UUUACCCUAAUCCUCCUUCCUACCCACACGCAGUUGUUGCCGAAGUCUUUCCCUGUGUCUGUGGGCAUCCAUGAAAGGGUAUGAACUUCUCUUCAAUCUGACUUUCAAUCUUCAAGUUACCACGAGCGGCACGGUUGGCUUGUAUCACCUACGGCUACGGGCACAGCGCAUAUCCCAAACUACCGCGUGGGGGUCUCCCUGUCUCAUGAAUAAUAUAUUUGAUAGCACGAGCGGCACUGCAGCCCGGUCUCCGGUAAGGCAUUUCUCAGCCUGGUACGUAGCUUCGUUUUGGCCUGACCACUAUCAAACAAAGGCAAAUUGUAUAUAUAAUCCAUAAUUACAGUUUCUUGGAAAUUAUCAAGUUCCAUUAAUGAUAUAGCCUUUGAUUGCCAGAGAGGAGACAGGGUCUCAGUGCCACUCGUGUGCCAACUUUUUUUUAUACAACAUUUCAUUAAUGAAUGUGUUUUGUCAUCGGUUCCUCAUCAUGCUCCUAUAAUUUUUAUAUGCUUUCGGCGUUUGAGAACAGAUCAGCCUGUGAAGUGGUUCCUGUGAGUUGGAUAGGUGGAGACAUUGAGCAAACAUCGGCGAACAAAAUGUUAAGAUCCGAAUCAGGAUCAUGGUAGGACUCAUUGAGAGUGGCAGAUGGAAUUAUUCCUCAUGUCUCCCUCUUGCUGAUAUAUAGAUAAGCAGAGAGGCAGAAGGUAAAUUACUGGUAACCACAAGAAUUGUGCUUUGAGGCCUUACACCUUUCAAUCAAGUGCAAAGAUGGCUUCUUCACCUCCAAACCCAAAAUCCCUUUUUCAUGCUCGCUCUGCCAGCUUGCCUUCUAGACCUCAUUCGUUUAUUUCUCAAGUGGAGGAGCAUCUAUGUAGGUUAAGGGCUACCGAUGCCUCCUGUUCCUCAUCUUCAUCAAUAUGUAACCGACUAAGUUGCCUUGGACAUUUAUAUGAUUCUGUUGAUGGCUUCCUUCAGCUGGGACAAACUCAGCAAGCCUUAACUAAAGAAUUCCUCGGGAAACAAUUUGAUAAGGUCCUGGAUGGGUCUUUUAGGCUCUUAGAUGUGAGGAGCAUCACGAAAUAUGUCCUGUUGAGGACCAAGGAACAGUUCACACGUUCGUUCUAUCAGCUUGCCCUCUCGAUCACACCCACAGUUCCUCGAAUAGAGGCGCUUCUUUGCCGGUUAAGGCCUGUUAAUGUUACCUCUUUGACAUUGUCAGAAAUCAACUGCAAACUCAGCGGCCUAAGAGAUCUGCUUGAUUCUUUUGAUAAGUUUUUGUUAUUGCCACAGACACAGCAAGUCUUUUACCCAGAAUGCGAUGAAAAGUUGGCUGAUGAUUUGGUAGAUGGACUGCUCUUGCUUCUGGAUGUGUGUGGCACUGCUAAGGAUGUCUUGUCACAGGCCAAAGAACAUGUACAAGAUCUUCAAUCGAUGCUGCGAAGACGACGGGCAGAUGAAUUUGAGCUUGCAAAGGAGGUUGGAGAGUACUUGGGCUCCAGGAAGAAGGCAAAGAAACUGAUUCACAAGGUCUUAAAGGAUUUGAAGACUAAACGGACCUGCUCUCCUCCGGAAAAAGGCAAUGACACCAUGACCAUGGUAAACAUGGCAAGACAGAUUCAAGGAGUUACUCUCACCACACUCCAAUCUUUGCUGUUCUACGUGUCUGGAUUGAAGCCACAAUCGAAGCUCAGCAGCUGGGCCUUAGUUUCUAAUUUGAUGCGCUCAACUCAUGUAGCCUGCAUUGAUGAAGCUAUGGAAAGCAAUGAAUUUGAGAAGGGGGAUGCUGCAUUGCAAAUUCUGCUAGGUCAUAAAACGAAGAAAUCUAGUAACGUGCACAUUGAGAAUGUGCAAACCGACUUGGGGAAAUUGGAGUUGAGCGUUGAAGAUCUUGAACAAGAACUAGAAUGCUUGCACAGGGGUCUGAUUAAAGCCAGAGUGUCCCUUCUUAACAUCCUUAAUCACUAGUCAGAAGAAAACCUUCAAAUCAGUACAUUCUAGUACA